UGAAUAUUCUAAUUUACAACAUCCAACCAGUAACAGGCACAAAUCCUAUAGAAUCUAUGCACAGCCUAUUAGAAAUCCUACAUUUUAAACAUUUUAAACCCUAAAAGUUGCUCUCUAAACCCCUUUUUUUUUUUCUUCUCUGCCAAACUGGCAGGGUCUCCCUGACCCUUGGACUCUCCAGUUUGCAGCAGCAUCCCAAGGACAUUGUUCAAUCCACAGGGACCUUCCCUCCAGCCCACUCAGCCAUUGCAUUUCCAGUUGUUCAGUCACUGGUGGCUUGGAAUCCUGUACAUCAAAACUUGCUCUCAUUUCUGUUUCACUUACAGGUUUCAUGUUCUCAGAUUCUUCUGCCAAGUAAUCGUAUCUGUAAAACUUUCCUGUUUCAUCUUUCCCAACAGGGAUGUCUCAAAGCAGGAUUGCAGCGGUUAAGGAAGAGUUUAAAGGCUUCAAUUCCUUGGUUUGGAUUUCAGCUUUUCUGUUUUUCAUCUGUUUGUGACCCUGCAGUUCUUUAGUAACUCCAAACUCCACACACAGUGUGAGCUGCUGCUGCCUCCCCAUUUUGGGCAGACACAACAAUUCCUCUCCAGGCCUGGCAGUCAAGGACACCUCACUGCCCCAGGCCUGAGAGAUGGAAACAAAAGUGAGUUGGGGCAGCAAACCUGGCAUAAAUGAGUUCAUUACCUGAAGCUGUAAUUGGAAGAUGAACCCCCAAUAUAGAAAUGGACCAAACUGAUCAAAGUGUAAAAACCAUUGUACAUUUUGGGUGCAGCCCAUGGGGGCUUCAUCUGCCUGAAAAGUACCUGAAGGCCCUUCAAUAAACAGAACUGAUUUUUAUUCCAUUAAUUUUGUCUGGCCUCUGUGUUCAGGUAGCCCCAAAAAACAUCAGGAUAUUGCACAAUCAAGUCUUGCUGCCCACACAGGAGUGGCCACUGCAGCUCUGGCCAGCAGAACCUUGAAUCUGGCCAGGAGCUCCUUUCCUGGCUGCUGUUCCCUCUCCUGGCUCCCUCAGCCCCUCAGGGAGCCAAACCCAGGGAUGCUCCUGCCCUUCCCUCUCAUGGAUCUUGUCCCUCUCCCUGCAGGACCCCCAGGUCCUGGAGCUGUGGAAAGCCCAGACCAGCCCCAGAAAAGCAGAAUUCCUGCCCAAGGGAGGCCUUCAGCAGCUCGUGGGGAUCUCACACUCACACAGCAGGACAGGCUCAUCCCAAGGCUUGCUUUUCCAGCAGGUUCCUCCCUGCAAGGCUUGCCAGCCUUUCCCUUCACCCCAAGGAUUUUCUGUCCACAAACCUGUGGGUCUCAGCCCUGAAAUGUCAGCUCAGACAGGAAGGAGGCUCCUGGGGAAGGACCCGCACUGACCAUGCAAAGUGGAGUGGAACCCAGAUCCAGGGAUUUGCAUUUAAGCAAAUCCCAAGCGGGGUAUGGUGCUGGAGACGUCCCCAAGUUCCAGAAAUCCCAUUUCCGCCAGGCUCAGCUGGAAGCCUCCCAGGGAAUGAUGAGCACAGGCUUCACUCUGCUCUGGGAGCUCAUGAGGGACAGAUCUUCCCCAAAUUCCUGCAGGAUCCGGGAGCUGGGACCCGUCAGCAGCACCAACAAUGGAAACAGCCCCCGCAGAUUUCGGCAAACGCGUGUACCAGGGAGUGCGGGUGAAGCACACGGUCAAGGAUCUCCUGGCUGAGAAGCGAUCGCGGCAGGGCAGCGCCUCCCGCUUCACCGGCAGCACCGGCGCAGCGCCGUCGCCCUUUGGCCAAAUGCCAGGCUCCCCCACCACGGCUGGUUACUACAGCAUCCACAGAUCCUUCCCGGCCGAGCUGGAUUUCCACAGCCCCAAGCAGUUUGGCAGCGAUGUCUACUCCUCCCCUCUGGGCUCCAAGCCCUUCUCCUGCGACUCCUCUGCCCCCCAGGGCUACCCCGGGCUCCUGGAGCCCUGUCUCAGCGAGCAGUUCGGGGAUCACCGUGCUCCUGCUCUCCCAGCUGGCACCAGCUCCUUCUUCAGCCCCGCGGCCGUGCCCCCUCUCCUGCCAUCCUUCCCCAGCGACAGCGGGCACCUCCUGCUCAGAGAGCCCUGGGAGCAGACCCCACCCGAGAGCCUCCCCCAGCCCGACACUGCGUGUUCAGACCCUCUGCAGGCGCUCCCUGCCGGCUCCAGCUGCCUCUCCCUGCCCGAACCCGGAGCUGUUUCCCCGUUCCGGGGCUCAGGUUGGAGCCCAGCCAUCCCUGGAGCCCAGCCCUACCCUCUGCACCCCCUGGAGGAUGUGCACUGCCCCCCCAGCUUCGCUGCCACCCCUCCCUACGGCCUGUCCCCGUUCGUGGCCACCGAGCCCUCCCGGGUGAGCCACCUGUGCCCGGAGCCGCCCUCGGACCUUCCCGACCACCCAGCCUGGGCCAAGGAGGAUGCAGGUGCCCUCUGGGGGACCUACGAAGGCAGGAGAACUUAUUAA